AAAAGCUGGACGGGGGAAAGCAUUUCAUGGUGCAUGUCUGGUGAAAAACAGGUGGUUCACUUGGUUAGUAGGAGUAGUUUGCUAGCUGUUAUGCUAGCUUCAGACACCAACACAUCAACCGCCAUGGCUUUCAAGUUGAUGUUUAGUGUGGCAUUGCUCCUGUCCUUAUGGUCCACUGCAGGAUGCGACUUCUUUGUGGAAGGCGUUCUUCAACUAGAGUGUCAUGACCGUUACUUCAUGAUAGCCGUUGACCUUGCUGCCACUGGAGAAGUUCCUCGCUUUGAGGCUGUGGAUGGAACUGGCACAUAUGCCAUCACUGAGGAUUAUGCAGCAAAGUGUGGUUACAGUAUCAGUAUUCUCUCUCUCCUGGGCCUUGUAGAGCUUAGAGCAUCCUACUUCAGUUGCCAUACUGAGAAGGGUGCUGGCUUUUCAUUCAGAUUUAACCUGAUAACUACCUAUGAAGGGGUAGAUGCGUACUAUGCACUCAAUAAGACCUGUUCACCCCAUCUGCUCUGGUCACCCAGAGAGGUCACCUGUGAGGUCAACUACAUGGAGGUAUCCGUAAGGAGUGAACUUCCCUGCCAAUCUGGGUCAAGUGACGACUCGAGCACGCUUGGCCCUUUGUACAGUUCCUCCACUGAAGUCUGGCAGGUGACUUUUCAAAAUCCAUAUCAGCAGUUGCCACCCAUGAACCUGUCUCAAGCCCGACAGGAGGGCUACAUAUUUAAUCUUGUCCAUGACAGGAUUGUGUUUCGUACACCGUAUGGUCAACCUGAGUCCUAUCGUACUGAGGUGACUGGGGUUCCAGUAGAGGUGGUCCAUGCAACAGUGUUUUCACGGCAAAGCUGGGUUGUCGUUAUGGUUGACCUGAUCGCUGCUUGCUCCAUGGAUAAAGGGUCAUAUGAUAGUGGCUAUAUGAUCUGGGACACUCCAGAAGCACUCUAUCCCAGUCUUGGCACCACACAGAUUAGUUUUGGCCUCAAUGGCAACCUUGUGGAAGAGGCUGCUGUGGUGCAGAAGGGGUUUAUUAUGGAAAGGUAUAACUCGACUGUCCAAAUUGGGAUCCCUUAUGAUGCUGAAGGAGGCUACAGGAAGAGCUUUGUGAGUGAUGGCCUCUCUGAGUUCUACAUCUUCAACCUCUACUUGAAACAAACUUCAGUGGAUGAACGCCAUGAAGAGACCGUGCUGUGGUUCCACAGGACUCUUGUUACGCCCCUCCUGUCAUCUCCACUUUUCACUGAAGACCAAACUGAUGUAAACGAUGGCACAUUCUCAAUCUAUCUAGGCAAAGUCCCCAGAGAUGUUGAGCUGACCUCUGUUCAGCUGACUGGGCAGGAAUUUGCAGUGCCCUUCAGUGACUCCAUCGCAUACACCCUUACAGAAGUCAGACAUUCCAACAAAAGCCACAGCUACACUCUGAAAGUGCCAUUGCAUGAUCCAAUUGUAGUCCAGGAGUUCUCCAAAGAGAAGGCAGCCAUGUUGCACAAACUGGACAUAAACUACACCCUGAUUGUCAAACCUGGAGACGAGCCAUACUACCACACCUUCUCAGUUACAGCACUAAUGGCUGUCUCUCCUCCAUCUUUUGAUGUGGUCUGUAAGGAGUCUGGGAUUGACUUCAAGUUGGCCUAUCGCUCUUUUGACUACCUGUGGGAUUUCAUGAUUGGCUCAGACCGACUGACUCCAGCUCUGGCAGCCAACUAUGGCUACACCAUGAGCAAUGACAGUCAAAAUCUGCUGCUCAGUGUGCCUCUGUUCACACAUGGAUACAAAUACAAGGAUAUUGGUCUGAAAGGCUUUCUCGGGACAUUUACAAUCCUUGUGAGGGAUCGUGAAACUGCUGGCAUCCUGACUUCCACCAUCAAGACAUGCCUGUUUAAUACCACAGAGUUCAUUAUGUGUUCAACUAAUGGGUGGAUGACUGUGGUGGUUGAUCUGUCUGCGGUUCUCCCAAGUGGUGAGAUGCCAACACGCUUCCAUCUCUUGAACAGCCUCUGCGUACCCAAAGCAGUAGAUGGCACACGAGUGCUCUUCUCAUUUCCUCUUCACAGUUGUGGUUCCACAGUUAAGUUGGCAAAGGAAAACGUGACUUAUCAAAACAAGAUUUACUUCGACACUUCUGAGAAUGCUGUUGAAGGAAUGACCGUGCAGUGCACGUACCCUCUAGCUAGUCUCCAUCGACUCUUCUCAAGCCACAAAUUUGAAUCUGACAAAGAAGGUGUUGGCAGCAUAAUCCCUUUUGUGGAAACUACAAAAGUAGUUGUUCCAGCUAAAAUUACCACAGUUGCUCCCCAAAGAACCAGAAGUCCCAGCUUGCACCUGCCUCCUUCCUACCCUACUGCUCGUUACAUCAAAGUUUACAGGGUUCAUAACCGACCUGGCCAGUUCAGUAAAGAGAGCCAGGCAGACCGUCCUGCCACCCAUCUCCAACAGGACUCUGCAGCACCCCUCCUUCCUGCCUCUUUACAUGCCCACACGUUUUCAUCACACCUUUCGUGGAGACGCUCACCCAGGUUACCCAAUGAGUCCUGUGGAGCUCUUCUACACGGACCCUACUCUGCCCUGCGGGAGGAGGAUCUAUAAUGGUCUGAGUAGGAAAAUGGUUUUUGAUUGCUCCCAGCUCAACACUCCUGCCCCCAUCAUGUCCGCCUGCAUCGCCCCUCCAAGCCGCCCAGACCCAUUCAGGGCCGGAC